AAAUAUUUCACUAUUUCCUGGAGAACAUAGAGGAGCAUCACAUUUCCCACAGCGCAAUCUGGGAGCAACCAGUGAAACCAGCUCCCAGGAUGUCUGGCUAUUCUGAGCACAGGGAGCUGGAUAGGAUCUCCAUGGAGAUGAACCAACUGUCAUUCAGGAGGCAGCAACUGAUCGACCGCAGGAACAUGCUGACCAUCCUGCAGGAGUUCAGGAACCGCUCCAACCGCAAUAGCACAGCAGAGGGCUCCAAGCAGCAGACUGAGAUUCAAUGCAUUGAUCAGGAACUGCAGGAGCUGUCUGAGAAGAAGAGAGCGCUGCAGGAAAGCCAAGAUAACAUUCUCCAUUCCAAGGACCAUAGAAAAGAGUGCAUCAUCAGUCAGGGGGGCGUGUCUGUUCUCCCUGACCCCUCAGUUGUCUUUGUUGAAGCUCCACCCUCUAUACCAGCUCCGGAGGUGAUCAUGGACAUCCAGAAACUUCCUCCCUGCUCAUCUCAGACCCAGUGCCCACAGUGUCGACAGUUCAUCACCACAGAGAUUGUCACUUCAAUAGGCAAUGUGGCCUGUCUGGUCUGUGUCACAAUGUCUGUACUUGGCUGUGUGGCUGGCUGCUGCCUUAUCCCUUUCUGCAUUGAUAACUUCAAAGAUGUCACGCAUAGAUGUCCUAAGUGUCGAAGUUCAAUAAUCACCAUCAAAAAGCUCUGAGGUAAGAGCCCACAUGUACAUAGAGACUAAUAAACAGGUCUCAGACUGGGCUUGGAGAUCUCCCCUUGUGAUGAUGAGACAUCUAUCAUGCAUCUGAGGUGACCCAUUUGGGGUUCAGUAGACACCCUGUCCCAUCAUGCAGGUACAGGACAGCAGUGGAUGAGGAGGACAUGGACAAUGAAUGUUGAAUGGAGCCAAGCCAUAGUGAAACAUGUUCUGCUGAGUGAGAAGUGAUCAUAAAUUCCCAACAACUGUACUGUGGUCAGUGUCACUCCCAUCACUCCUGUGAUGACGAUGUAGUCAUACUGUGAGAACUGUGGCUGCAUCCUGUACAUUUUAAGUUAGUGUGUAUGACAUUCAAAUCAAAUGUAUUUAUAUGGCCCUUCUUACAUCAGCUGAUAUCUCAAAGUGCUGUACAGAAACCCAGCCUAAAACCCCAAACAGCAAGCAAUGCAGAUGUAGAAGCACGGUGGCUAGG